UCAGGGCUCUGCCGGAGAGAUGCUACCAGACACCAAGUCUUGAGUGACACCGGAAGUCUGGUUCAUUUACCGUAGGCGUUUUACCGGCGGAACUGGGUCUCUGUGUCCGGUGGACGAGGAGUGUUGCCGGUGUGAUGUGUGUGUGGACCUGUCUCGUUUAAGCCUGAAGCCAUCCUCUCUCCCGGGUUGCCGCUGUUGGUGUUUGUUUCUCUCCUCUCUACCUGCCUGUGUCAGUGAUGGACGCGGCGGUGUGCGGGGUGAAGGUGAUGUGUCGCUUCAGGCCGCUGAACGACGCGGAGCGGACCCGCGGAGACAAAUACAUCCCCAAAUUUAACGGAGAGGACACGGUGGUCGUAGCGGGGAAGCCAUAUAUUUUUGACAGAGUCUUCCCUCCGAUCACCGAACAGGUUCAGGUGUACGACACCUGCGCCAAACAGAUCGUCAGAGAUGUGUUGGGAGGAUAUAAUGGGACGAUAUUUGCAUACGGUCAGACGUCAUCAGGAAAGACGCAUACCAUGGAAGGGAACCUGCACGACCCCGGUCUGAUGGGGAUCAUCCCUCGAAUUGCAGGAGACAUCUUCGACCACAUCUAUUCAAUGGACAAAAACCUGGAGUUUCAUAUCAAGGUUUCAUAUUUUGAAAUCUAUCUGGAUAAAAUCAGAGACUUGCUCGAUGUGUCAAAGACAAACCUGGCUGUUCAUGAAGACAAAAACAAGGUUCCCUUUGUGAAGGGCUGCACAGAGCGUUUUGUUUCCAGUCCUGAGGAGGUGAUGGACAUCAUUGAUGAGGGAAAAACAAACAGACAUGUCGCCGUCACCAACAUGAAUGAGCACAGCUCCCGCAGUCACAGCAUUUUCCUGAUCAACAUCAAGCAGGAGAAUGUGGACACGGAGAUGAAACUGUCAGGGAAACUUUACCUGGUGGACUUGGCAGGCAGUGAGAAGGUGAGUAAAACAGGAGCAGAGGGUGCCGUGUUGGAUGAAGCCAAGAACAUCAACAAGUCUCUGUCAGCUCUGGGGAAUGUUAUCGCUGCUCUGAGUGAAGGAACGAAAACCCAUGUCCCAUACAGAGACAGUAAGAUGACCCGAAUCCUGCAGGACUCUCUGGGAGGAAACUGUCGAACAACCAUCAUCAUAUGCUGUUCACCAUCUGCUUACAACGAGGCUGAAACUAAGUCCACGCUUAUGUUUGGACAGAGAGCUAAAACCAUAAAUAACACGGUGACUGUGAACCUGGAGCUGACCGCUGAGGAGUGGAAGAAGAAGUAUGAGAAGGAGAAAGAGAAGAGCAGGACUUUGAAUAUCAUGAUCCAAAAACUAGAGAAUGAGCUGAAACGCUGGAGGAAAGGUGAACACACUCUAGGGCUUAACAAACAAAUUGGACACUGGGGCUCAAUGAACAGCGACACAACAGCAGCAAUGGACAGCUUGGCCCCCGCCCCCAGCCCUGUCCCUCUGUCUGACGAGGAGAAGGCGCAAUACGAGACGCUCAUCACUGAUUUGUACCAGCAGCUGGACGAUAAGGACGAUGAAAUCAACCAGUACAGUCAGACAGUUGAGAAACUCAAACAACAGCUGAUUGAUCAGGAUGAGAUGUUGGCAUCCAGCCAUCAGCAUUAUGAGCGUCUGCAGGAGGAGCUGUCCCAGAUGCAGAGGGACAAUGACUUGGCCAAAGAGGAGGUGAAGGAGGUGCUGCAGGCGCUGGAGGAGCUCGCUGUCAACUAUGACCACAAGAGCCAGGAGGUGGAGAACAAGAACCGCUUCAACGAACAGCUGAACGAGGAGCUUUCACACAAAACUGUGAGUCUGGAGGCAGUUCAGAGGGAGUUGUCCACUCUGCAGGAGCUCAGCACUCAUCAUAAGAAGAGGUCAACAGAGAUCCUCAGUCUGCUGCUCAGAGACCUCAAUGACAUUGGCAACGUCCUCGGUACCUCCGACCUCAAAGCUAUGAGUGGAGCGAUGGAGGAGGAGUUCACCACAGCUCGUCUCUACAUCAGUAAGAUGAAGUCUGAGGUAAAAUCUCUGGUGAACCGCAGUAAACAGCUGGAGGUCAACCUGAUGGAGAACACCUGCAGGAUGGAGGCCAAUGAGAAGGAGCUCAGUAGCUGUCAGCUACUCAUCUCACAGCUCCAGAUGAAGCUUGUGUCUCUGACGGAUGACCUAUACAAGGUGGAGCAGAAAAAAAGGCAGCUGGAGGAAAGUCAGGACGCUCUGAUGGAGGAGGUCGCCAAACUCCAUGCUCAAGGUAAAAUGCACGAGGUGACAGUGAUGGACAAAGAGAAAGAACACAUGAGUAGACUGAAGGAUGCUGUAGAGAUGAAGAGAACUCUGGAGGAACAGAUGGAAAACCACAGGGAAGUUCAUCAGAAACAGCUGAGUCGCCUCCGAGAUGAGAUAGAGCAGAAACAGAGAGACUUCGACCAACUCAAACAUGUGAAUCAGGCCCUGCAGCUGGAGAACAGGAAGCUGCAGUCAGACUUUGACAAACUGAGAGCUGAGGAUCACAACAAAGAGCAGAAACUUCAGAAAGUCCUGUUCCUGAAUGAGAAGAGAGAACAAGCCAAAGAGGACCUAAAGGGUCUGGAGGAGACUGUGGCCAAAGAGCUGCAGAUGCUGAACAAGCUGCGUAAAGUCUUCAUCCAGGACAUUGGCACUCGAAUCAAGAAUAUUUCAGAGAACGACAGUGACGAGGCUGGCGGCAGCCUGGCUCAGAGACAUAGAAUUGUCUUCUUAGAAAGUAACCUGGAGCAGCUCAGCAAAGUCCACAGACAGCUGGUGCGGGACAAUUCAGACCUUCGCUGUGAGCUGCCCAAGCUGGAGAAGCGUCUGCGGGCCACAGCAGAGCGAGUGAAAGCUCUUGAAACUGCCCUGAGAGACGCCAGGGAGUCGGCCGUGAGAGACCGCAAACGCUACCAGCAAGAAGUGGAUCGCAUCAAAGAAGCGGUCACCUCCAAGAAUGUCUCCAGGAGAGGGCACUCUGCUCAGAUUGCCAAGCCGAUCAGAGCCGGACAUCAGCACCAUCAGCGUCCGUCCUCCUCUCCAUCCAUCAGACCAACCGUCCGAGGAGGGGGGGUGGUGUUCAGCCCUCGUCACUACUCCCCCCAACCACAACAACAGCCUCAUCAGAACCACAGCAAGUAGGCUCCUGGCAGCAGAUAACUCUGGAUUGGUUUCUCUUUCUGUGGACCUUGGAUUUCUGGACUCUUCUGUUAUCACCGCUCUACCUUUACUCUCACCAGACGUCUUGUUUUUCACUUUGCAUCUCAACAACCAAGAAGUGCUUUCUUUCCUCCUCUGAUUGUUUUUUCUUUUUCUGAGAGAAAACCAAUCAGUUCUGGUGCUCCACAUUGUUUGUUUGGGUUGAAUACUGAUUUAAAUGAGAUGCAGGUUUCUUUGGGUUAUUAACACGAGCAGUCCAAUAACGGCCUUUUAUGCCGGACUAAUGUAUGAUCCAUGUGUUGAUAUCAAAAACUUCGUUCAUAUCAAAAAUUAAUCUAAAGCUAAGAAUGAUAAAAGUAAAAUUACUGCAGGGAAAUCAAAAUGAUGAGAUACUUACAUUUAGUUAAAACCUUUGGAUUUGGUAACUCACACUUGUGCUCAGUUCAGUGCAUUAUUUUAUGCACAAAUGUUAAAAGUUGUUCUGUGUUAUGUUGCAUCUUGUACUGUGUAAAUGUUGACAUCUGUUUUUCAGUCCAAUGUCUUUAACACAUAAUGUUUGCUGUAAUGUGGAAAAUAAAAACAAAGUUAGUAAUGAUAAAAUAUAACUAUAAUUAUAAACUCAAUAUUUAUGUGGAGUAACACCCAGUGAAGUUUAAGAGUAAAAGAAAGAUUAGAAUUUUUACUAAUAUAUGGUAAUACUUUUACAAGAAAACUGUUAAUGUUACACUAAAAGUUAAAUGGCAACUAUUAGAAAUUGUAAUUUUGCAAGAAACAAAUUUGGUCAAAGCAUUUUCAUAACUUGAAGUAACCAACAAUUUCAUGUUCAAGUUAAUGCAACUUUAUUCUUAUAACAAAAUAUAUUGAAACCUUCUUCUAAAACUAUUACAAUGUGGUAAUAUUACAAAUAUUCUAUUUCCUUUAAACAAUUGUACCUGGACAUAUUAUUUUCCUUACAAAAUUACAGAUUUAUCUGGAAGUACAACUUUGCUACAUAUAAUAAUAAUAAUAAUGUUUAUUAUUGUACUUUGUCUUUCCUGCUGCAGUGGCCCUUCAUUGUAAUAAGUCAAGUGACUUGAGAAACAUUGUUUUAUGAAAGUUUUUUUUGUUGUUGUUACACUCACAAGUAUUUACAUUAUUUCUAAUGUUUUGUUUUUCCUGGAGUGAAUGUUAUCAUAUUGAUAGUGUUUUUUUUUAGAUUUUGUAUUUCAUAUGGAGCCGUUUUUAUAAAUUUUAUCUAAACUUUUAUUGACUUUGCUGUAACAGUAUUCAUCAGCUGUUCACAGCUGACAAAUAUUUGUGUGUACAAUUUUACAGUGUAAGCCAUUUUUCAGAUGCCAUGUUUCUGUAACUUGUGAACAUCAUGUCUGAGAAGCACAGUCUUUAAGACCAGCGAUGUUUGUUUGUGUGGGCUAAAUGUAUUAUUAAACUGUGACGUGGUG